UAAUUGCAGUGUGUUUAGACGCAUAUUAUUUGCAGAGCAAAAAUGAGGAUAAAGUACUUGCUAAUAGUGUGCAUGUACUUUAUUGGAUCUCUGGCAUACAGACCAGUAGUAAUAAUCCAUGGUAUACUGUCGGGAGCCGAAUCUAUGACACUUCUGGUGCGACAUAUCGAGAAGCUGCAUCCGGGUACAGUUGUGUACAAUUGUGAUAAGUUCAGUGGUUGGUCCAGCCUGGAGAAUGCCUGGUGGCAAGUGGAACAGAUCAGGGACUACAUAGGCCAAAUCGGAAAGCUACAUCCAGAAGGGAUCAUCGUCCUAGGCUACUCUCAAGGAGGACUCUUGGCAAGGGCGGCAAUACAAAGUCUACCCAAUCACAAUGUGAAAACCUUUAUAUCGUUAUCAUCACCCCAAGCGGGUCAAUACGGAACUAGUUUCUUGCACCUAAUCUUUCCGGAUCUUGCGGCGAAGACGGCCUUUGAACUAUUUUACUCUAGGGUGGGUCAACACACAUCCGUGGGUGGCUACUGGAACGACCCGCAUAAGCAAGAAUUAUACAUGAAAUAUAGUGAAUUCUUGCCAUUGAUUAAUAAUGAGAAGAUGAGCUCCAAUUCAACAACUUUUAAAAUGGGCAUGGAACGGCUUAAUAAACUAGUUCUAAUCGGAGGACCCAAUGAUGACGUUAUUACGCCUUGGCAGUCCAGCCAUUUUAGCUAUUUUAAUGAAUCAUUGGAUGUGGUCCCGUUUUAUAAGCGAACAAUAUACAUGAAUAACUCCAUCGGCCUGAAAACCUUGUUGGAAGACGAACGACUUAUUAUUAUUGUCAAGCCCAAUGUACAUCAUCUCUCGUGGCACACCAACAAGAGAGUUAUCAAUGAGGUUAUAAUGCCAUAUCUGGAUUGAACAGAUUUAUCUAAAGCGAGCAGAAGGCUGUGAUUGGAAUGGUUAAACAUUCAAUUUUGAACUGAUACGAAUAAGAGUGCACAAUACACCGUACAGGUGUAUAUGACCUAAAAGCUGUAUACUGUCCGCUUUCUUAGAACAAUUGACUACUUAAAUAUGGGGUUCUUAUUGUAACAAAUAGCAAAUAUUUUGAAUGGUAUACGCAAUAUUUUACUGGAGAUUAAGACUACAAUCGAAUAAAUAAUGUUUCGACGAAAGAA